UAAUGCAUAGAGUUUCACAUCAGACAGCAAAUAAGCUUUUGUUUGUCACUUUGUGUUGCCAAAUGGAGGGUCCGUAGUCUCUUCCUCUCUCUUCUUUCUUCCUCUCCGUUUUUUGUUAGUGAAUUUCUCUUUAUUUUUUUCUGCUAAAUUAGCAGUCUUAAUUGAUCUUUUUCGCGAAGCUACAGCUCCACAAAUCCGAGCAGGAACAUUCUAUGCAAUGAACUUAAGCAGAUUACCUGAGACUUCUGAUUGUUUUUCUUCUUAAUUCUGAUGUCUCCACCGCUAAUUGGUGUUGUGGAGGAGGGUCAGAGCAAUGUUACUGUACUGGCUUCUUCAACAUCUGCAGAAAGUAUAUGCCAAAAUGGCUCUAAACUGAAAGAGCGAAACUACAUGGGAUUGUCCGAUUGUUCUUCUGUGGAUAGUUCAAUAGCCCCUAGCUCAUCUGAUGAAAGCAAGACUCGUCUGAAUUUGAAGGCUACAGAACUGCGGCUUGGGCUCCCGGGGUCCCAAUCUCCUCAAAGGAAUUCAGAACUUAGCCUCUUGAGCUCUACACAAUUUGAUGAGAAGCCCUUCUUCCCUUUAAAUCCCUCAAAUGACGGCCACUACUCUUCAACACAGAAAAAUGUUGUUUCAGGCAACAAAAGAGGGUUCUCUGAUGCUAUGGAUGGGUUCUCAGAGGGUAAGUUAGAGGUUAAUGUGAUGCUAUCACCCAGGCCCUCUCCAAAUUUGGGAUUGAAACCUGGUUCUGCACUUGAGAACUUUGGGCCUGAAGCGGCUAAAGUGAAAGAUGUAGUUACACCAAAGGGAGCGCCGGAGAGGCAUCAUGGAACAAAUGAUGCCAGAUCAAACCACAAUGCUUCUGCAAACAACAAUAACACACCUGCUACCAAGGCACAGGUUGUGGGUUGGCCACCUGUCAGAUUGUUCAGGAAGAACUCUCUUGCUACCGCGUCAAAGAAGACUGAAGAAGUGGAUGGUAAAGCAGGGCCUGGGGCUUUGUUUGUCAAGGUUAGCAUGGAUGGUGCUCCUUACUUGAGGAAAGUUGACUUGAGAAACUACUCUGCAUAUCAGGAACUAUCUUCUGCCCUUGAGAAGAUGUUCAGCUGCUUUACUAUAGGUCAAUAUGGAGCACAUGGACCUCUCGGAAGAGAAAUGCUGAGUGAAAGCAAGCUGAAGGAUCUACUUCAUGGCUCAGAAUAUGUUCUCACUUAUGAAGAUAAAGAUGGUGACUGGAUGCUUGUUGGCGAUGUUCCAUGGGAGAUGUUUACUGAUACAUGCAAGAGGCUGAGAAUCAUGAAGAGCUCUGAUGCCAUUGGCCUAGCCCCUAGGGCUGUAGAGAAAUGCAAGAACAGAAACUAGCCAGCAGUAUACAUGGUUGAUGCCAUCCGUCCAGCACAUUGCGAUUGAAAUCUUGGAAGUUGGUGAAGAAGCUCCUGAAUUCAAAUUUCCACAAUUGGAAAAGAGGAAAUAAUAUGGUGCCGGACUGGGUACACAAUCAUGGGUAUCUGUGUCUAUUAUCUUACCAUGUUUGUGCUUUCAUUCUAAGGAAAUUAGUGUUUUCUGAGCUCUUUUAGAGCCUUUUUUAAAAAAGAAAAAGAAAAGUACCGUAACUCCAUAGACCUGUGUAUUUCGGAAUGCUGCUAUGCUGUGUCAAAUGUGGACAGGUUCUUGUUGCAGUACAGGAACUCUAGUAUGUAAAGUGCAUUGUUUAUUGAUCUUAUUAUGCUUGUUUGUAUGGUGAAAAACUCUUCAAUUAUGCAACCUGACUUUUUCUUC